GUGCACUGUGUGAAGGCGGGGAGGAGUUGGCUCCUUUAGGGUGAUUAGCAACAAACAGAAGGUUGCGAGUUUAAAUUUUGGAUUCUAUGACCACCGGAUUGGAUUUUGCCGCAACCGGAGCGGUAUGAACUCGCAUCUGUGUUACACGGUCUUGUUGGCACGCUUUUCGGCGAGGCCAGGUGACUAUUUGUAACAUUAGAGAGCGCCGAUAGCGCAGGGCAACCUCGCUUUUUUUUUAGGUCGUUGGAGGUAGCGAUGGUGAGCUGAUAGCUGCGUCAUCAUGUUGCUUCCGACUCGAGUUGGUCGAAACAAAUCUCAAGUUAACGCCGUCCGCUGUGAUUCCGUCCCGAGGGCCACUCCCGAUCACCUGAGGUAGAUGCAACGCGGAACGCUGCCCGUAGGGAAAGCUUGCUAACGGCCGGGGGUCUAGCGAGGCGGCUGACUUUACAUCACUUGGCGUUAUUGGCGCGAUUCCCCCUCCUGGGCUGCAAUUGUUGUCUCCACUCGAGCGAACAGUCCCCCAAAACAAGUGUGUCGCCGUUUGAACGUCACAACAACAAUGACAAUGUGACCAUAACGUUUAAUAUGAACUAUAGCCAUAUAAAUAUUUGAUGUUUGGACGAGGACGAAGGAUGCCCGUGAUGACAUCGAGGUUCCAAAUCAGGAGCAUCUACUAAAAUUUUGUCGUUUGGCACUUUCGCCACUAAUAUUUAUGUAAGAGAGAUAUUCUAAUACUAUUUACCAAUAGACAACUGAUGUGGCAUCAGGGUGUCAAAGUGUGUUAAGUUGGACUUGAGGGACUUUUCUCCUCAAAACAGGGGCAAAGUUCCAUCCGAGCUAUCAGGGUAUAUAACAAGUCACGAUGGCCGUUAAGGGGUCGACUUGCCCCCUCAAGCCGUGGUCGAGUCUUGCCGGCGAAAGGAGCCGGUCGUCGAACUUCGAGUGGAUCGACGGACUGCUCUACCGAAAGAAGCUGGAGAAGGGUUUCCUAAACUACCGGGAGGUUUUGGAUGAGGACCGGAGACUGGAGACGGUUGCUACCUUUCACCGGCGACCAUCCGGCAAGCAUCACCUCUCCCUGGAGGAGACAUACAAAUGCGUGGCCGAGAACUACUGGUGGGAGGAGAUGUACUUCCACAUCAGAGACUUUGUUCUGGACUGUUCUGAGUGUCAGAGCCAGCAACACAAAAAGAGAGAGGAGCUCGGCAGCCGAGGAUGCGUCACGAAGACGAUGGCGUCGCACAGCUCUGACAUGCUCAACAAGCUGAGGAGUCAGAGGGAGGCGGGGAUGUUCUGUGACAUCACUCUGCGUACUAACGGGCAGUCCUACGCCGCGCACAGAGCCGUGCUGGCAGCCGUCAGCGACCACUUCCAGGAAAUCUUUACCGAGAUGGAUUCCACUAUGAAGGCAGACAUAGAUCUCACUGGCUUCAGCGAGGACAGUCUUUUGUCUCUCCUGGACUUCUCCUACUCCUCCACGUUGUGUGUGCGCCGGGAGGACCUUCCCGAAGUCAUCACCAUGGCCCGCCACCUCGGCAUGUGGCCUGCUGUGGAGGCCUGCUCUGCUCUAAUGAAAGAGAACCACCGCAACAUUGUUCAUCCUAGCCGGGACUUAAAAUUGGGCUAUGGCGACGUUUGCAGUCAGCGCCAUCACCAACAGAUAGAAACCAAAAGGAAAAGAGAAUUAGAGGAUAACAAUGGCAGCUUCCACUUAAAACUGGAGCCAUCUGAUGAGUCUUUGGAGGUAGGUCCAAGUUGCAAUGUGUGCAGGACACCAAAUGCCAAAGUUCAUAACGGGCUCCCCAUGAGUCCUUCACACCGGAUGAAGCUCAUGGACUUCAAAUCUCCUUCCUCUAAGAAAAUUGUCGUAUCCAGAAAUGUUGGCACCCCACAAUCCAAAAAUUACUCAGCCAUAUCUCCAUCCAACACUCGUCUUCUCCGAUCAAGUCCCGGUGCUGCUCAGGAGGUUCAGAGAACACUGCCUAUGCCUGAAAGCCCUCGACAAAACCGGAAGUCGGGAGCCCCCAGGUCCAGUCCGGUUUGCAGCCCCGUCAGGGUGAAGCAGGAAGUGGAAGAGUUGGGAGUGGACGAGGAGGACUAUGCAAGAGCCCAGGAGAAGUACAAACUGAUGAUGGUUCUCGGCCUCCAGAGGACAGUCCUUCUCCCUCGGCCGGAAGAUCUGAUUGGUUGGCGGCAGAAGAAACGACUCAGGAAGCUUAAAGCCAACAACUACUCUCUGACCAAGCGACGGAAUCCCCGCCCCGCUCCGCCAGUGCUACCAUACAGGCCUGUGACGCUUUCUCUUCCCCUCUGCGACCCUGUGAACAAUCUCCUACUCAACAAGGGUGGGAAGACCAAAUCUGGCGUCCCACCUGUCACUGAAGCAAUUUCAAAAAGACGUAAUCCUAACAAACAAGUCCCUCCUAGCGACAGAAGCAUGCGAAGUAAAGGAGUCUUACCUGAUAUGUUCCGAGCGAACUGCCAGCCUGGCUUCAGUGGUAGAGAGCUCAGACGAUCUGUGAGGAACCGUGCUAGUGUCCAUCCUCCAGUCCAGCAGUCCCUGCGCCGUGCGGCCAGCAAAACUCCAGCGGCGAACAAAGUCAGGAUCAAAUCAGAACCAGCCGAAUACUCGGUCUCAGGUCUCUCUCUCGCGUCAGUCAAUCAACCCUCUCAGAGAACACAGGCCAGGAGCAACAUCACCGUCGAGGCGGUCAAGACACUGCGCUACAACACCAGCCGUCCGGGGACAAAAGCCAAGCCCAGGCGGGGCAGCGCAAGAGGGGAGAGGAAGCCCCGGGGUCGGCCCAGGAAAGUGUUGAGGGAGGAGAUGGACGACACAGGGAGUCAAAUAAAGGUCGAUCCACCUGGCGGGUUCCAGUUUUCAGAGAACUCUCCUCCCCCAGCCAUCUACAACCACCCUUUAUACAAAGUGAUCAAAGAGGAACCGGCAGAUCCCGUGCCAGUCGGCGGACCUUUCUUGGAUCCGCCCUCCCCAGACCUGGGUAAGCGCCAGAGCAAGCCUCCCAUCAAACUGCUGGACUCUGGCUUUUUGUUCAGCUUCUGUCGGCCGGCCGGGGCGCCCAUGGUGGGAAUCAAGAAAGAGGAAGAGAGCGUGGAUAUCUGUUGGACACGCUCCGUGUCACAAGUCAACGAAAAAUUUGGAACGGGUCAGUCCAACCACAGGGCACUGAGAGCCAGAGGACCACCACCCACCUUGGCAGUGGUGAAGAGGGAGAGGGAGGAGACGAGUGUGAGCCAGAACAGGGUUCAAAGACCUAGGGCUAACUCUCGACCUAAGACUCCUUCGGCCAGAUCCAAAAGGACAAAGGCUACACCUGUCAUACCAAAGCAAGAGCCUACCGAGAUCCCCUUGAGCAGCAGGGGCUGUGUCGUCUUGGACUCUGUUCACCGGGCAAGGCUAAAGCAGCUGCGGGGCCCGCGCAGCCAGGCCCCGAAAGCCCCCAAGGCGGCCCAUUCUUGCGUGCAAUGCUCCACCUCCCACCAGGACUGCGAUGCUCUGAUCUUGCAUCGCCUGCGGCACAUCGAGGGCAAGCACUGGCCGUGUCUGCUUUGCAGCAAGACCUUCUUCCGACUGAGGAAUGUACGGAAUCACAUCCGCACCCAUGACCCCAAGUUGUACAAAUGCAGGAGCUGCAUUGUUGCUGGCUCCUGAGGCCACUUUGUUGGCCAAAGCGUCUGCUGAACCAAGGUAAGGUGAGAGUCUGACAAGGAAGUGACACGAGCAGUCGGAAGCGUGUACAUAAUGGAGCCGUCACCCACAAGCACAACGGGGUCUGUAAAGACAAGUGACUGUUCUUUUGAUUCUUAUCUAAGUCUUGUGGUGUUUGAAAGCCAAACCAAGGUCGCCGUUUGUCCGUUUCCCCUCCAAAAAAAAAGAUCCAAACUUGAAUAUUAUACUCAGGGGGCGGGGGAAGAUGACGCCGCCGCCGCGUAACAUCGAUCCCACGUCAUCAUCAACAUGCUUGUGUAUAAAAAUGAAAAACGUGAUUGUUUUAAUUGGUUCCCGUUAUAUAGUGUCAUCAAUCCUACGUGUACAGUUGAUAUUUGGAGUGAGUGCACUUAUGUUGUCAUUCUAAGAGCUGAUGGUGAAUUUGAAGGUGGGGAAGACUUGAAGCCAUGGGUGGGAAUACUUGAAGUGUUUUAUUGGGUGGGGUGGGGGUUCAGGCGGUCCUUUGGGUGUUUCAGUGUCCGUUUUGGUGUGCUCAACUCUGUAAUAACUUCACUCGCCGGCGCCACCCUCCAUUCUGAUCUGCCUGUGUCGCGUCCUACUAAUCCGUACAAGGAGCGUACGCGACCGUUCCGACAACACCGCAUGUGCAUCUGCAGUACGUUCGUAUGGAUUUUCGCAACGUGACUGCUUCACAAUGGCAACUUGAGCCAUCCUAUCCUCCACCUUUACCUAAGCCCGUUUCCCUCCUACUGAAUAAAUGCAAUGUGUGCACAUAGAGUUUAUGGUUCACAAAUUGAUUUUUGAAAAUAUUACUGUCUGUUAAAAGACUGAAUACAUUUUUGACUUUUAUAUUAUUAUACUUGCUUUAAUUACCUUUAUUUUCUUUUUGCUAUAGUCUCAACCUCAUGUGUUGAGCCAGCAUGACAAAUGAUAGAAUAUUUAACAGAAAUACAAGAGUAUUUAUAAUUAAUGCUGGGACCUUUUAACAUAUUGUCGGGAAGUAAGUGAUUGCGACUUUUAUUGAAAAUGAGAUGAUUUUAAAUCCAUUCCUGUGCUUCUUGUGGUUGGGAAGGUUAUGUGUUUGCUCUGGGGAUGUUCUAAUCUGAUCAAUAAAUCUGAGUAUAUAACAUUG